AUGUUAAUAAGUCAUCAUUGUAGUGGAAGUUUAAUUACCAAACGUUAUAUUUUGACUGCAGCUCAUUGUCUAACAGGAAAAGUUCCCGAUCAAUAUACACUUUCAGGCGUACGUUUAGGAGAAUGGGAUAAAUCUACUAAUCCAGAUUGUAUUUCGGAUAUAAAUAAUAAUGAAUUUUGCGCAGGCUUGCAUAUUGAUUUACCAAUUGAAAAAGUAAUUGUUCAUGAAAAUUAUAAUGCAAAUGAUAUAAAUCAAUACCAUGAUAUUGGUUUGAUAAGAUUAUCUCGAAAUAUUGACUUUACAUCAUGGAUUCAGCCAAUUUGUCUCCCUCUGGAAGACCAUUUAAGAAGUAUGACACAUUUCAAUGAAACAUUAACAAUAUCCGGUUGGGGUAAAACAGAAAAUUCUAAAAAUAGUAAUAGACAAUUAAAAGCGGAUAUUAGAAUAGUUGAAAUAGAUACUUGUAAUUCAAAGUACAAUGAUUUUAAUAUAACGGUUUCUAACAAUCAAUUAUGUGCAGGAGGCGUUAUAGGAACAGACACUUGCAAUGGUGAUUCAGGAGGUCCAUUAAUAGCCGUUAAUAAUUUACCAAAUUAUGAAUAUUUUAUAGCGGGUAUCGUAUCGUAUGGACCAUCUCCUUGCGCCUUAGAAAAUUGGGCAGGAGUUUAUACGAAUGUCGCUAAAUAUUUAGAUUGGAUACUUAAAAAUAUUGAACCGUAA